CGUCUUCUUUCCGGUACAGCUGUGGAUAAAAGAGUUUCAUUUAACUACAGUCUCUGCUAAUAUCUGUUUGGUUUGCCAAAGGCUCUCAUGGAACAAGUUCAAUAUAUCCCAAUCCCACGCAUUGAGCACGAGGAUGAAAACUGGCAUAUAAUCGUGGAGGAUCUGGUGUUGGAGAGCGAGAGCUUUUUGCCGGCAAUGAUGGAAAUUGAGGCGGACCAAGUCGGGAUUGAGCACUGGGUUCGCAGUUGCCAUGUAAGUUUCGAUGCUGCAGCGGCAAGCCACAACACCUUCCGAUUGGGUCUAAAUCACCGCCGUUUGCAAUUUUCCAGGUAUCAAAUUCAAGCGACUGUAGAGGAUAUUCCCUUCUACUACCGCAAAAAGUCUGGCUUCCCCAAAAUUAAGGAUGCGGGGGUAGCCGAUGUCGCUAUCGGCGGAGACGGCAUUACCAUAUCCACUCGAUGCUCACUGGACACGGACAGCACCGAGCGCACACUUGUCCCGGAAGACGUCAAAAUCUAUGUGGAUCAGCUGAAAGUGAAGCUGCAUGAUACCAGGCAUGACACUCUCUACACCGCUCUAUCUCCUCUUUUGAACACGCUUAUUCGCAACCGUGUGAUCGAAACUCUGGAAACGCAGAUCCGCGAUUGGAUUGAAGAGGUGGACAUUUAUCUCACCCGCCUCAAAAUCAAGUUUAUGGAACUUCAAAGCGAACAGCUAAAGGCCCAGCAUCGUGGAACAGUCAGCAGGUUGCUUGACGUCGUUGGCUUGGGACAAAAAGGGAGCGGAGUCAGUUUGAAGAAGCCUGAACAGAAGGCUCUGACUGGUCCGGAAGAGUUAACAGAGGAGGCGAGACCGAAGAGGGGAAAGGUGGUUCGUCCAUGGGCAAGUGAAACGUUUCAGUUGAGGCGUGUUUGAUAUCGUCCCGGCUUCCCACGGCGACAUACGAGUCCGUGGAUAGUGCAUGUUAGGUGUAUUUUCUCAUUUUGCGCAAUUAUCAAUCAGUAUGUAUAUAGCAGGGUGGGUCGUUGUCUUAUUGAGAUAAUGGUCCCAUGAAGGGGGAUGCCAAUGCUUGUAUAUUUGCGUUCGGCAACAGGUGGAGGAGGCCUAGCGUGGCAUCUCACCCUUGUAUAAUCAAAAGCAAUGCAUGUUCGA